AUUCCACUUUAUCUUGGUCUUCUGGAUCUAAUAUAAUAUCUCUUGAAUCUCCAAUUACAUUUCUCUCCAUCCCAACACCACCGCCACCACCACCACUCCUUCAAAAUGAGGAGUUUCCGGGUCCCAGAUACCUUCCUCUACACACACCGCAUGCUCAGCGAGUUCUUCCGCGGAACGCCCAGCUUUUCGCUGGACAUGAUAUCAAACGAACUCCGCCUCCACAUCACCCACUUCCUCACGCAAAACAUUCCUCUCUACCCCUUCCCAAAUGCCCAACACGGCAACCAUCCACCAACACCCAGGGGAACAAUCAUUAUCCCCCUAUGCCAACACACCGCUCUGUUCCACCCGGGAAGUCCACACUGGGCCGCAUACCAGCAACUCAUCCCGGCCUUACGAAGCACUGUUACCUCACUCUCAACCUGGUUUUGUGCGGACCAACCCGAUGUCUACGCGAGCGCGAAACGGUACUUGGUGAACUUGGGGAACGGUUCGAACAUCAUACCAGGCAUGACGGGAGCCAAUGAUAUGAACUGCUUCCUCACCAUGCGACUUUCAGUCAACACCCGAAAUGCACCAGCACGUCUCAUGACAAGUCAUGAAAGCCCUUGGACCGCCGUCACCUUCGUGGGGGACUAUGUGGGCGGAAAAAUCAAAAGUCCGUUGUUAGAUGACAUUGGCUUGAUGGGUCGUGUGCUUGGAGUCCCUGAUGAUGUAUUGUUUGUCGUGGAUUGGAUCCCGAUUGGGCAAAGUGCUUUUACUGGGACGAGAUAUCAAUUGGAGUUAUUUGUGCCACCUGUUGGUGAGAAAGGAGAGGGCGUGGAGGAGCCAUCGGCGGAGGAGAAGGGAAGGCCAAAGAGGGAGGAUAAAGGAGAUAGGUACGAUGAUGGAGAAGUUGGGGGAAGUAAAGCCCAGAGUGUGGUCCCUCCUUGGGUGGCACACGUCCUAGCCCACGGCGCAAAAUGAGGGCAAGAGUCUUGAGUGGAUGCCUCGAAUAGGAAAGCCAUCAAAAUAAAAUGCCAGUGUAGCCUGGUUGAUUUAAAGCCAAAUUAUGCAGCAAACAUAAAACGGCUGAAUCAUAUCGCUGUAAAACUGAACAAUAGAUGGAAUUCGAGUCACUUGAGGAUCGUGUGAUCACAUGGGACAAUUUUCAUUGGGGGUCGAGUAGCGAAGAGGCCAUCAAUUCUUCAUGGCUACCAGUGAAGC